AUGAACGUUUUAGAUUCUUUUAGUCAGUACAGAGAACAUUUUGAAAGAUUAGCAAAACAUUAUGAUAGGCAUAUUAAUAGAGAGAUAGUAAACGACAUCUGUUAAAUAAAAAAGCUUAAAAAGAAAUUGAAAAAAGAUUCAAGCAUGGUAUCAUCGGAUAGACUAAAGCUUCUGGAAAAUGAAAGUUACUUGUCGAUGAGACAUCUUCCUCCUUCAAACAUCGAGAAGCUGGAUAAGAUAUUUUUACAAGAAUGUGAUAGGAUAGUUCAGUAAAAAAAGAUGGAUACUGACGAUGACGAUGAUAGAGUGAUUCCUUUUGAUCCACUUCCUCUGGACAGAGUGUAGACAAACGCAUAAACUGAAACACCUAAAAGGGUUGCUAAAAGCUAAAUGAUGUGA